UACCACCUUUCCUUAAAAUUUUAGUACCAAUUUGUGAACAGUUUGUAUAAUCUGUAGCAACUGCACCAUGGAUAGCAGCUUUAUCCUAAUAUACAAUAAUAUUAUAAACAAUUACAAUAUAGUUGAUAGACAAUAAUUUUGAAUAAAAAUUUAUGUACCUGAGGUGUUCCAUCAGCAUAAAGUAUUUGUAGAAUUAAGGACAUUCUUCUGUAGGACCUUUCAAAAUGAACACAAUUUAAUACAUUACAUUGUAUUAUGAUAUACAUCUUUUAACAAGUAUUGUGUAAAAUUUAUUAAUGUCCAUUAAUUAUAAAAUUAGGAGUAAGGUUAUAUUCAGACAUUCUGAUUCAACAUAACAAUGAAAACAAAUUGUAUACAUACAUAAUAGAUUUUGUCUAAUAACAUAGAUAUGUCCUGUUUUUUGUAAUAAAGCUGAAAACAUAUCAAAAUGUCAAUUGAUAUAGUAGAAAUGUUAAAGGAACCAAAAAUGGUUAAAGUAUGUGCACCAAUGGUUAGAUAUAGUAAAUUACAGUUUAGAACUUUAGUACGGCGCUACAAUUGUGAUAUAUGUUUUACACCCAUGAUCUUAGCUGACUCGUUUAUACAAUCUGAAAAAGCCAGGGAUAAUGAAUUUUCAACUACCAAGGAAGAUAAGCCAGUAAUUGUUCAAUUUGCUGCAAAAACUGUAUAUGAUUUUCUUAAUGCAGCAGAAAUGAUUGCCCCGUACUGUAAUGGUGUUGAUUUGAAUUGUGGUUGUCCUCAACGUUGGGCACUGAAAGAAGGAUAUGGAGCAGAUUUACUUAAAAAACCAGAUCUUGUGAAAGAUUUGAUAUAUCAAACAAGAAACAGAAUUCCAAAUCCUUUUACUGUAUCUGUGAAAAUACGACUGUUAAAGGAUAUUCGUAAAACCAUUGAAUUUUGUCAAAUACUUGAAAAGGCAGGAGUCUCAUUUCUCACUGUUCAUGCUAGAACUCCUGAGAUGAGAAACGAAUCAAUUAAUCUAGACAGUUUGAAAUUAGUAAGAGAUAGUGUGAAACUGCCUCUCAUUGCUAAUGGAGAUAUAAAAAAUUUAGAGAAUGCAAAAAAAUUGUACAGAGAAAGUAAUUGUGACGCGGUGAUGGCUGCAAGAGGCAUUUUAACAAAUCCAGCUCUUUUUUCUGGACAUUCAGUUACACCCCUUACUUGUAUACAAGAUUGGCUUGACAUUACAUCAAUUAUUCCUACACAGUUUCUGUGUUUCCAUCAUCAUCUUGUAUUUAUGUUAGAAAAACUACUUCCCAAAAAGAGUAGAAUAUUUUUCAAUAAUUUACAAAAUAAAACAGAUGUUCUGGAAUUUCUAGACAAUACUUAUGGUAUAAAACCAAGGAUUAAUUCUGAAACAUUUGAACCCAUUAAAUGUAACUUUAAAAUUCCAAGUACUGAUUAUAAUAAAUUUAUUGCAAAUGAUGAAGAUGAUUUAAGUACAAAUUUCUUGGGAAAUAUAUUUGUAGAAUUAUAAUUUAAUUUACUUGUAUUUUUAAAUAAAUUUUUAAUAAAUAAGA